ACUCAUGUUAAAUAAUCAAAAAUAGCAUGUUAGUGUUCCACUCAUUGUAUUCAGUACAGCAGACAGAGAUAGAUAUAUUUAGGAAAUUUAGCAGAAACACUACACUCGGAAAAUGUGAGGUGUCAAAAUAAUUUCAAUUUUGAUAUUUCAUUUUUUGUGUUAUAAACAACACACAAAAGUAAAGUGAAAUAAGGAUUUGAAUAAACAAAUGUGUUAUUUUAAUCCUAUAGGUGAAGAUUUUUCAACAUAAACAACUCAAUAUAAACAAUGCCUAGAAACAAUGCUUGAGGGACACAGCUUUUUUGAAAGUGACAGUGAUUUGGAGAAAACAAGUUUUUCUGUAUUCGUUAUUAUACUGUACAUAAAAGUCCUAUAUAUUUUGGUAAUGAUUCUAUAUGUAAUAUCUCGAUUCAAUGAAAUAAUACCUCUAAACUAGAAUUUCUGUUAUGUUUACUUUUAGCGAGCCUCUUGAGCGGCAAUGGUCUUUAAGAUAUGGCGAGAAACAUAUUUCAAUAAACAAAGAUAUUGCGGUGAAAUUACAAAAUCCUGAUGUCAUUGCAAUCAACUUCUUAUAUCAAAGUUACUGUAACAAAUUUGGAGGCUGUAUUUUAAAUGAAGAAGAUGGAUUCAAAACACAGUUGCAGGUGUCAGUUUUUAUAAAUAUUCUCAAACAAAUUCUCUCUGCUAAAGACCAUAUUUACAUUCUAGUAAUCACACCAGGAUAUUUAAGGGAAAAAUGGCACAACAAAAUAGAAAACAUUGGAGGAUAUAAAGUUAAAAUAUUAGAUUCAACUGCUUGUCCAUCAGAUUUCGAUCAGGAAACUGCCUUAGUUCUACUGGUGUCAUUUGAAGAUAUUAAACUAGUUGAAACUUUGGUACCGAAUUAUCUAAGUUGUGUAAUCAUAGAUCAUUUUGAUAUUGUUGCCACUAAAAUGGUGAUAAAGAAAGUUGAUGGAGAUUUUAAUAUUGGCAUAACUAGGAGGAAUUUUUAUAUAAAUCCUGAUCAAAAAUUACAAUGGACAAUGUUAAAUUGGACUAACCCCACAUUUCUUGGUAGACUUGUGGACUAUUAUGAGGUAGAUAAUGACAACUUCGCAAAUUUACGUGAUAACUACCACCAUUGGUGGUUAACAUUAACAUGGGAUUAUUGCGAAAGUUUUAAAAGAAAUUUAGAUGAUGAAGAUGAUGAAUCCCAACCACUACAAUUGAUCAAAAAAACAAAGAGAAUUUACAAGAAAACAAAACAAAGAAGUAGUUCAUAUGCAACAGAGGAAGAAAACACUAGUAAAAAUAAAGAAGAAAUUAUUCAAAAAUAUGGUGAAACAGCUGUAAUAAAUCAUUUAGACUCAAGUACUAUUGAAAUUAUCAGAACAAUUGAAAACAACGUUUCUAAUGUACACAAUAAUGCAGAAAUUAAUAAUAUAAAAAUGAAUGAUAGCGAUUCAGAAGACACCAUUGAAUAUAAGCCACAAGAUUUGGAUAGUUCCAAAACUAAAAUGUUGGAUGAUACUGACAAUGUUCUCUUGGGUAUAAUUGAAGGUACUUCUUCACAAACUUCAUUUGACAAAUUGGAUCACGAUUCUCAAGUGAAUUUUAAAAAAGAUGAACUGUAUUCUCAGCUAUUCAGUGACAACCCAUUACCAGAUACACAAACAAAUAAUUCAACACGAGAUUCUUCAGAACAAUACUUGUUGUCUUUAAUUUAAAUAUUAAGCUAAGAUUUGUUUAUUUUUUUACUGCAAGACGCAGCAAAUCUUUACAUAACUUUCAAUUUACUGAUUAUGAUUUUAUUUACGUAUAGUCUGUGAAAAUAGAAAACUGAUUAAUGUGAAGGUUCCAAUAUAAUAAAAAAUGUUAUUUAUUAUUGAAUUUUAGACAAAUAGUAAAAAUUAGAAGAAAAUUCCCAUAAAAAGUGUAGAUCUUACAAUUUUAUAUCGAGAGCUAGAGCUUAGGGAUGAUAUUGACAGUUUAGAAAUUAAUUUAUCAAUGAACCCUAGGUGAGCAUCAGGGUGCAGCUUGUGAAGAUGAUAAGGGUUGAAGUCUAUUCCAUGAAAUUUCAGUUUAGUCUCCUUAUUCUUCUCUAUUCCUUCAGGUUCAAUAGAUUCUGGGAGAAGCCUUAUUUUACUUUUAUAGAGAAUUUGCCCUGGAUAAUACAAUUUAUUGAGAUUUCUUCUAUUUUUCAUUGUGCUGUUGUGAAAGUCAUAAAACAGGUUUUAAGUAAACCAUGAUUACCUUUUUUUCACGUAAAUUUACACUUUUUAUUGGUUCCACCAAUUGUGGACUGUUAGUUAUUUUGAAUAUACCCAAACAUGAUUAUAUUAUGUUUUAUUUGUUAUACAUUUAUAGAUACAAUAAAUAUUUUAUACAAUUUUUAAA